CUUACAGUUUUCAGAUCCGUUGUUCUCUUUUCCAAGAAAAAGUGCAAUCAUGCCACCAAAAAGAAACCUUGGGAAGGCUGCCCAGACUUUACAGAUUGGGCUUGGUGAUGGCAGUCCAGCACACUCAGAAGGGGAGAAUGAGCCAAUCAUUCCACCACCAUUGUCACCAAUACUUGGGGAGCAUUCUUUUGUCAACCCUACUUUCAACAAGGCUAGUGAAUUUGGAGAUGAUGCUGCUCAAUCUGGUGAUUCCCUUGUGAAAGCUGUGUCAGAUCAGAUUAGCAUCAUGAGGCACACACUGAUGGAAUCUGAGGAGAAAGCUCGACAAAGAAGCCAAGAGGCAUUUCGACGUGUCAGAAUUGAGCCUCAGCCACAAGCAGCAGAUCUUCAAAGGCAAAAUCAGAAUAUUCCAGCUCCAGCACUCGGGGGGCAAGUUAAUCUGCCACAGCCACCUCCCCAGAUUCAGCAGGCAGCAGACGGACCAAUGCAGCCAGAUCCUGUUGAGGCUGCACCAUGUGUGGCAGAUCUGGGUAAUCACCAGCAACCCAGAUAUCUGCCACCUCCACGCCGACCGAAUGGAGGACAUCCACAACAUAAUGCACCUCCACAAAUGGAGCAUUUCCAGCCUUAUGUGUCGCCCGUGCAGCAAAAUGUUCCAAAUCUGCCAGGACAGUACAUCAAUCGCGAUCAGAUCAUCGACAUGGUGCAGGAGGCUUAUGGUUUAGUUUUGAGGCAUCUUGUCAGACCUGCUUACAGAAAACCAUAUCCAUAUUUCAUAAACCAAGAGAAUCCUUUUCCAAGAGGGUUCAAAGUUCCAAAAUUUACUCAAUUUUUUGGAGAUGGUGGAUAUUCUACAAUUGAACACGUAGGUUGCUUCACAAUUCAGUGUGGCGAGGCCUCCGGUGAUGAUAAUCUGAAGCUUAGACUUUUUCCUAGCUCAUUAACUAGUACAGCUCUCACUUGUGAGCCAGAAGUGUCCAUGGCAGAUUUAUCUCGUCUGGUGCAGCGACCUGGAGAAACAUCUGAGGCCUUUCUUGCCAGAUUUCGAAAGGCCAGACUUAAGUGCAGAGUUGCCCUGCCAGAACAGGAAUUUGUCAAGCUGGCACAAAAUGGGCUAGACAUUGAAUUGAGGAAAAAGUUUGAGGGAAUGGAGUUUCGUGAUUUCUUUGAGUUGUCUUACAAGGUGGCUCGUUAUGAGAAUUUAUUGCGAGAGGACACACAAAGGAAAUCUGCAUCUCAUGGGACUUAUUAUGGUGAUGCUAACUUUGAUCUGGACAUGGCAGAAGUGGUGGCAGACAAGCCAGUUGUUUGCCCAUAUUUGGUUAAAGUGGCCCAGCAGACCGAUAGAACAGAAAAAAUUGACAAGGGAAUUCUGCAUUUUCUAGAUAAGGCCAAAGAAACUAUGGGAGUUGACACAGAUCCAUUCCCUACCAUGUCUGUUGGGGUGAAUGCGGCAGAUCUCAGGAGCAUUGCCAGGGACAGAUCUCAGACAUACUAUAGGCGCAGACUUGCAGCUGAUGAUCUGAGGUGGGUCAUUGAGGAGGCCAGAGCCUGCAGAAAUCAGCCCAGAAUGGUGAAACCACCACCCAGAUCUCCAAGUAAACGGUGGGAACAUGUGGUGCAUCCAAAAUUUCCUAAAGGUCAAAAUCCAAGGACCUUGAGGAGGCAUUUACAACGUAAAAGGGCGGCAGAACGACACCGACAGCAGAUUACAGACUCGGGGGGCAUGGCAGAUCAGGCUCAGCCGCUCCCAGCAAGAAGAAAAUCAGUGUGGGUCCGUAAAGAAAAAGGGAGCACAUCUGGUCAGAAUUCUCCAGAAAAGGAGGAAUUAUCCAAAAGUCCAACAUCACCUCGAAUUCUGGCUGUGGAAUCAAAUGAAGAAACCGGUUUGAAGGUGAAAUUUGAUAUGUCAGAUAAAGCGAAAAAUUCAUCAGAUGUAAUCUGUUUUGGUGAGUUUUUCGUGAAUCUAUCUUGCUUGGUGAUCACUCUUCCUUUGGUCUUUCAAGCAAAAGAGCAGUCAGAAUCUGCAGUCUGUCACCAGACAGAUUUGACUGAAGAAGAAGUCAUUGAGAUCCCAACUAAGGAAGAUGGUGAUAUGGAUUCAGCAGAUAAAAUCAUUUUCGAAAAACCAAAAAAGAGAAUGGCCAGACAUAUUAGGCCAUUAUACAUUCAUGCACAUCUGGAUGGUAUGCCCAUAAAUCGAGUUCUGGUGGACAAUGGAGCAGCUGUCAAUGUUUUGCCAACUUGUAUUCUGCACAAGAUUGGCAAGUCUUUGGGUGAUUUAAUGGAGACAGAAGUGACAAUCAGUGACUUUAUUGGUGGAGUAAAUCGCUCAAGGGGAAUUCUGCCAGUAGAACUUACUGUUGGAAAUAGGACUCUCAUGUGCGCAUUCUUUGUGGUUGACACCAUUGCCACUUAUAAUGCAUUGCUUGGGAGAGAUUGGAUACAUUCCAGCUGUACCAAUGCAGUGGAAGCUCGUUAUUAUGAUGAAGAUAUUGGGACUAUCCGUUUCUUUGGGAUGGACCGCUAUGGCAGACCUUUUGGAAUUACUGCCUGCACCAGAUCUGCAAUGGACAGACAGACUGUGAAGGAGAAAAAGGAGGCCGUGGAAGAAAUCAAGAGAAAAUUAGCGGCUUACCUUGCAGAAAAACGAAUCUGUGUAGACAGAUCUGAAGUAGUCUAUGAAGGUGAAGAGGAAGACUUCAAGGAUCAAAUAACUUUGGAGGAAUUAGAUCUAGCACCAGCAAAACUUGAUGAUCUGAAGGCAGAAGUACAAGAUCCCUUAGAGGAGGUAAAUCUGGGUACUGAGGUAGAUCCGAAAAUUACCUUUAUUAGCAGUUCUCUUGAGCCAUGUUUGCAUGAUAAAAUUAUCAAUAUUUUGCAUGAGUACAAGGACUGUUUUGCUUGGGACUAUUCUGAAAUGCCAGGUCUGGAUAGAAAUCUGGUAGAGCACAUAUUACCAAUUAGACCAGAUUUCAAGCCUUUUACACAGCCGCCUAGACGAAUGUCUCCAGAAGUCACUUUAAAAGUCAAAGAAGAAAUAGAGCGGCUGUUAAAGGUUGGUUUCAUCAGAACUUCCAGAUAUGUGGAGUGGUUAUCUAAUGUGGUUCCCGUGGUUAAAAAGAAUGGCAAGUUGAGAAUCUGUGUAGACUUCAGUAAUCUAAAUCUGGCAACACCAAAAGAUGAAUAUCCUAUGCCUAUUGCAGAUUUAUUGGUGGAUGGUGCAGCACGCCACCGAAUUCUGUCAUUCAUAGAUGGCCACAGUGGAGCCAUGAACGCCAUCUUUCAUGACAUGAUUGGUCGUUUUAUGGAAAUUUAUAUUGAUGAUGUGGUUGUGAAAUCAAAUGAAGAGGAAGAACAUCUGGAGCAUUUAAAGCUGGCUUUUGAAAGAAUGAGGAAGCAUGGUCUGAAGAUGAAUCCUUUAAAAUGUGCAUUUGGCGUUUCUGCUGGAAAUUUUCUGGGAUAUCUGGCGCACGAGCGAGGUCUGGAAGUGGAUCAGAACAAGGCAAGAGCUGUUAUUGAAGCACAGCCGCCAAGAAGAAAAACCAGAGUUUUUUCGCCACUGCUGAAGCUGAAAUUAGAAGCAGAUUUCAAAUGGGAGAAACAUCAUCAGAUUGCCUUUGAGGAAAUAAAGCAUUAUUUAUCAAAGCCGCCGGUCUUAGUGCCUCCUUUAAGAGGCAAACCUUUGAUUUUGUACAUAUCUGCCGCAGAUGAAUCUGUAGGAUGUCUGCUGGCUCAAGAAAAUAGUAAAAAGCAAGAACAAGCUGUUUAUUAUUUGAGUCGAAAAUUCAACCUAAAGUACAUGCCUCAAAAAGCUGUCAAGGGGCAGGCUUUGGCAGAUUUCCUGGCAGAUCAUCCGUGCCUGGAGGUAGAAGCGGAUGAGGAAAAAGGUAUUAAUUUGUUUUCUAUAAGCCUGGUUCCUUGGAAGCUUAUCUUUGAUGGAUCUAGCACAGAUUCUAUGUCUGGAGCAGGAAUUGUUAUUAUUUCUCCAGCUGGUUUGAAAACCCAGAUGUCGUUUCAGCUAGAUUUCAAUUGCACCAACAACCAAGCUGAAUAUGAGGCAUUGAUUAUUGGGUUGGAAGUGUUGGUAGAGCUCAAGGUACCCAUGGUAGGAAUAAUUGGUGACUCACAAUUAAUUUUAAAGCAAUUAGAAGGUGAGUACAAGUGCACUAGUUUGUCUUUGGCACCUUAUUUUGCUUUGGCAGUACAGCUCUUGGAGGAAUUUGAUGAUGUAAUCUUGAGGCAUGUUACUCGAGAUCUGAACACAGAAGCAAAUGAGAUGGCACAAAUCGCCUCAGGUUUAAAAAUCCCAGAAGGCGUGAUGAGCAGAAUUGUUGUUGUGGAAAAACGAAUUUUGCCAUCUAUUCACAUGCGUGGUAUGGUAAUUUCUGCUUGUUCCAUAGAUGUAACCCAAACAGAUUGGCGUUAUCCAAUCAUGGAAUACCUCAAAAAUCCAAAUUUUAAGGCCUCAAGAAAAACAAAAAUGCAGGCCUUGAAUUAUGUUCUAUUGGAAGGUGUUCUUUAUAGAAGAGGAUAUGAUGAAUUACCUCUGCGCUGUCUUGGUCCAGAUGAGUACUGCCAGAUUAUGUCAGAUGUGCAUAACGGAAUCUGUGAUUGCAUCAGCUAUGCUAAAGGUUGCAAAGCCUACCAGAUUCAUGGACCUCUACAGAGAGUUCCAGCGUCAAAACUCCAUCCAAUCGUCAAACCGUGGCCAUUUCGAGGAUGGGCCAUAGAUUUGAUUAGUAAAGUUUAUCCUCCUUCAACUAGAGGACAUUCAUUUAUUAUUGUUGCCACAGAUUACUUUACCAAGUGGGUGGAAGCAAAGCCAAUGAAGAAGGUUGACCAAACCGAUAUUAUUAAAUUUCUUACGGAAGAAAUCAUUCACAGAUUCGGUUUGCCCGAAACAGUGACUUCAGAUCAGGGGACAGUUUUUGUUGGUGCACAAGUUGAAGUGUUUGCAAAAGAAAUGGGAUUUAGGUUGCUCACUUCAACCCCUCAUUAUGCUCAAGCCAAUGGUCAAGCUGAAGCUUCCAACAGAAUUGUGAUAAAUCUGCUGGAAAAAAUGGUUGAUGAUAAUCCAAGGUGUUGGCAUGAGCUGUUAUCUGACACAAUCUAAGCUUAGAGAACUUCACAAAGGAGUGCUACCAAGGUAACUCCAUUCUCUUUAACUUAUGGACAUGAUGCUGUUCUGCCCAUGGAGUUAUCUGCUAGAUCAUUGCGUAUAUCAAUUCAACAUGGUCUCACUUCUGGAGAAUAUAAUGAAGCAAUGAUUCUAGA